GCAGCAGCCUGUCCUGGUGAAGGACAGUCACUCUCUCAACCUACAGACCAAGUGAGCCCUGGGCCCUCAUCCCGAACCCCGCUGCCAACAGGGACCUAGCGCUGCUCCCCGAGACAAUGACCAUGUUUGAAAAUGUCACCCGGGCACUGGCCAGACAACUAAACCCUCGAGGGGACCUGACGCCCCUUGACAGCCUCAUCGACUUCAAGCGCUUCCACCCCUUCUGCCUGGUGCUGAGGAAAAGGAAGAGCACGCUCUUCUGGGGUGCCCGGUAUGUGCGCACUGACUACACCCUCCUGGAUGUGCUCGAACCCGGCAGCACGCCUUCAGAUCCAACAGACUCUGGGAACUUCAGCUUUAAGAAUAUGCUGGAUGCCCGAGUGGAGGGAGAGGUGGAUGUGCCAAAAACAGUCAAGGUGACGGGGACGGCAGGGCUGUCCCGGAGCAGCACCCUGGAGGUGCAGACCCUCAGCGUGGCUCCCAAGGCUCUGGAGGCCUUGCACCAGGAGAGGAAACUGGCAGCAGAGCACCCAUUCCUGAAGGAGAUGCAGACUCGAGGAGAGAACCUGUACGUGGUGAUGGAGGUGGUGGAGACGGUACAGGAGGUCACUCUGGAGAGAGCCGGCAAAGCAGCGGGUUGUUUCUCCCUCCCAUUCUUCGCCCCAUUAGGGCUACAGGGAUCCAUAAACCACAAGGAGGCUGUAACCAUCCCCAAGGGCUGCAUCCUGGCCUUUCGAGUAAGACAGCUGAUGGUCAAAGGCAAAAAUGAAUGGGAUAUUCCACAUAUCUACAAUGACGACAUGCAAACCUUCCCUCCUGUAGUUUUCCUGGUGUCUGAUGUUGGGGAGGCCCCCACGGACUUCAUGACAUUACAAGAAGAGGUUCAAAGAGAGACCCUAGAAGUGGAGAAGCUGAGCCGAGUAGGGCAAAGCUCCCUGCUCACCUGCCUCAGCAAACUCCUAGGGAAGAAAAAGGAGCUACAAGACGUGGAGCUCAGUCUCGAGGGGGCUUUGGACAAAGGACAUGAAGUGACCCUGGAGGCACUCCCGAAAGAUGUCCUACGAUCAAAGGAGGCUAUGGGUGCGGUCCUCUAUUUCCUUGGGGCUCUAACAGAGCUAAGUGAAGCCCAACAGAAGCUGCUGGUAAAAUCCACGGAGAAAAAGAUCCUACCGGUAGAGCUAAAGCUGGUGGAGAGUAUAAUGGAACAGAAUUUCCUACAUGAUAAAGAGGGUGUUUUCCCCCUGCAACCUGACCUGCUCGCCUCCCUUGGAGAAGAGGACCUGACUCUCACAGAGGCCCUAGUGGGGCUGAGUGGCCUGGAAGUGCAGAGAUCAGGCCCCCAGUACCUGUGGGACCCAGAUACCCUCCCUCACCUCUGUGCCCUCUAUGCCAGCCUCUCCUUCCUGCAGCUGCUGACCAAGGCCUCCUAACUAGCCUUUCCAUCUGUUUCCCGCUUCCCUAAUGCCUUCCCAACAUCACUGUGCUGUGUCCUUAACACCCAAGGCAUUUCAGAGCCACCAGGCUGAGGAUGAUGGAAACCCUAGAUGAUGACUCAAGACUCAAGAUGACCAAUUUCCACCAGUUCACCUCUAUAACUCCCCCUGCCUCUCUGGCUCUGCAACCUGCUAAGUCCAUCUGCUGAUGCUUAACUCCUCUAAAAGUAGAAACACUCGAACCUUUAAAACUAUGAACCAUUUCAACAAAACCACAAUUAAUGACUUAAUUUCUUAUCCCAAUCCCUCCUACUUGCUCUUCUAAAAAUCAAACAUUACUGUAAUUAGCGGAAAUAUGAUUUCACUUUGCAUGAAACAUCUUUUGGUGUUUUUCUUUAAAGAAUUUAUCAUAAAGGAAAUCCUUAACGUGUGCCAGGAAGAAAAGCUAUUAUUAUCCUACAUGUAGGUCAUAUGUACAGGAAUUCUAUUAUACUGUCAUCAGGCCAGCUUGAAAAUGCUUGGAGAGGAACUACAAGGGUGUAGAUGUGGAAUGUAGAUUCCAAAAUGAGAAGAUCAUCAAAGCAGCUUGUCUUCAAAGCAGAGUCUUUGGGGUCCUCUGGACUAGGGUUGAGGGACUGGAGACAUAGAGAUAUAUGGUACAAGCCCAAAACAAGAGUAAGACAACUUUCAAGUUUAUCGAAUAGAAAAUGCAAAUAGAUCUUUUUUUUAAAAAACGAUACACAAGAGUAAGACCCAAAACUUCUAAAAAAGAAAUUGUGAUAUUAUCUUAUUUCACCUUCCCCUCUUCUGACCUCAAUUCAGAAUGGUUGUAGGAGGAAGUGAUGUGGGUAGGCUUGGCAUAUGGACCUGCAGAUAUGGAUGCUGCAAUCCCAUAAAACUGCUGGGUUCAUACCACUACAGCUGGAUUUUAAUCUUUCAUCGAUCUCCUUUAAAAUAGUUCUAUGGGUGGAAUAAUUUGUCCAAGUUUUUCGGCUCCAGGAGACAGACUUUCUCCCUUCUGAGUCACCCCCUGUCCUGGCUAGUUCCCUCACUCACCAAGAAUUCAGGACAAACUGCCAAAAGCUUUACGUUGAGCCAUCCUCCCCCAUUCUGGGGUAUUUUCCAAGGUCUCGCUAUAUUGCUCAAAGACACACUGAGUAAUUAGCUGCUGACUUGAUUGUUAUUCUCUUGUGAUGUAAACUUAAUAAAGAGGUGAGCUAACACCCUAACUAUCCAGAAGGGUAACUUGA